UGGGAAUCGACAGCCCGGACACACAUUAGCCCGGCCCAGCCCCGUGCAGGAAGCCAGCGGGCGCGUAUCGCCAUUCAGCCCGGAGCUGGGCGCUGGAGCCGCCUCUGCGGGGGGAAGCGAAGUUCCUCGCGGGGAGGGCUGGGGCAGCGCGGCUCGCUCCGGUCCCGGGGGUUCGUAUUGGGAAAGUUUAUGGCGUGGAUUAAACGCGCCCGCGCUCCCCCGGGGCCAACGCCAGUGAGCUCAGGGGUGGCCCGGUUCAGCUUUUGCAAUGUCCAGGUUUUAUCCUGAAGUGCGGGCGCCUGGGGUCACGGUUGGAAGAACCGCCGGACCCCCCAGCCCUGUUUACUCCCCGGCGUGCUGAGGCUGGCGUUUUGCAAGCCCUGGGCAGGCAGAAGAGGCCAGAGGCUUUGAUGACGCCUUCCCAGCUGGAAGGGCCAGAUCUGUCUUUGCAACCCUUCGCUUCCCCGAGGCGUCCUGUAUAUAAACCCCCAGCCCGGUCACCACUCACCUGUGCUGCACAGGUGCCGAAGCCCAGUCCCUGCCAACUUCAAAUGACAAGGGACAGUGCAGGGAAGCCAGGCUGUGACCCCACUACCCCAGCCCAGGCCUCUGUGACCGCAGAAUGGGCCCGGGGGGCGCUUUAAAGGAGCCUGGAGCUGUUCAGACAGGAGCCAGCCGCAUUUCGUGCCAUGCUGUGGCCAGGACAGCGCUGGGUGGAUGGUGAGGACACUGUGCCUGUUUUACUUUCACUGUAGUUUUUUCUUUUUUAAAACUUCCUUGUACUUGGUCAUCUUUGGCUCCUGCGUGGAUGCUGAAAGUGGAGUUAAGGAGCUCUGCCUACUUUAGUGUCUUUGCCUUUUUCUCUCCGCCCGGGAAGCGGCGUGUAACAGAAGCCCAGGCAUUGCAGCGGUAAAAAACAUUCAUUAGCCCGUGGGUUACUUCUCUAUUUCUAUCAACGGCUGAAAUUGCAAAAUUGACCAAGCAAACCUAGACACCCAAGGAAACAGAUGUUGGAGGCGACUGCUCCAGAAAGAAGCUGAGGUGCCGUAAUCCAAGGGCCUGGCUUUAGGGUGAGAAGAAGGUGCAGUGAACCCAGACACCGUGAACUGCCUCAGGAUGGCCCUAGGGCCUGUGAGCUGGAGGGCUUCCUGCAUUCUGGGGGUGCUUUGGACGCUGAGCUGCGGGGCUGGUGCUUCAGGAGCCGACUCUGGAUCACGGGGUGUUGGGAGCCGAAUGCCCCCCCAGCUGGAAAUCGGGAAUGAGGCUGAUGGCAUCCGGUAUGCCCAGCACCAGGACAGGCCUGUAGAUUGCUGGGAAGUACGGACCCAGAACAGCUCCAAGUGGUGCCACUUCAUCCAGACCAACCCGGACUGCCAGAUGGACAGCGGCUUCCUCAACUACCUGAACGGGGUCUUCUGCGUCUUCCCCUUGGGGCUGCUGCCGCUGGUGGUGACCUUAUACGUGCUCUGGCUGCUGUAUCUGUUCCUCAUCCUGGGAGUGACAGCUGAGAAGUUCUUCUGCCCCAACUUAUCUGCGAUCUCCACCAAUCUGAGACUGGCCCACAAUGUAGCAGGCGUCACCUUCCUGGCCUUUGGGAACGGCGCGCCCGAUGUCUUCAGUGCUGUGGUGGCGUUCUCCGACCCCCGGACUGCCGGGCUGGCUAUCGGCGCUCUCUUUGGCGCGGGCGUGUUUGUGACCACGGUGGUGGCCGGCGGGAUCGCCCUGCUCAAGCCCUUCACGGUGGCCUCCAGGCCGUUCCUCAGGGAUGCCAUCUUCUACAUGGUGGCCGUGUUUCUGACCUUCACAGUGCUGUACUUCCGGAGGAUCACCCUGGCGGGGGCGCUGAGCUACCUCGGGCUGUACAUCUUCUACGUUCUGACAGUCGUGAUCUGCACCUGGAUUCACAGGAGGCAGCGUGGGGAAGGGUUGUCCCCUGCCGGCUCCGGCCAGCCAGAUCGUGCGUCCGACCUGGAAGAUGAGGAUUCCCUCUCGUCCAGUGUUCACAGUGAGGAGUACGAGGAGGAAUACCGGCCCCUGCUCCCCUCCGAGGAGGGGACUCUACAGAUCCUGACCAAGUCCGUGAACCCUCUGGAUCGCAGGAAGUGGAGGAGGAAAUCCUGCUACUGGAGAUUCCUCAAGGUUUUCAAGAUGCCGGUGGAGUUCGUGAUGCUGCUCACGGUGCCUGUGGUGGAUCCCGAUCAGGAGGACCACAACUGGAAGAGACCUCUCAACUGCCUGCACCUGAUCACCAGCCCCUUGGUCUGCAUCCUCACGCUGAAAUCUGGUGCCUAUGGGCUGUAUAAAAUCCAGGGGGUCUUCCCAGUCUGGGGCCUGGGAAUCCUGAUUGGUGCUUUCCUGGCUGCUAUUGUCUUCUGCACUACAAAGAACGAGGAGCUGCCCAAGUAUCACUGCGUGUUCGCCUUCUUGGGUUUCUUGGCCAGCGCCCUGUGGAUUAACGCAGUCGCCACCGAGGUGGUCAACAUCCUGCGGACCUUAGGCGUGGUCUUCCAGCUGAGCAACACCGUGCUGGGCCUGACGCUGCUUGCCUGGGGAAACAGCAUCGGCGACACUUUCUCGGACCUCACCAUGGCGCGGCACGGAUACCCCCGCAUGGCCUUCUCUGCUUGCUUUGGGGGCAUCAUCUUCAAUAUGCUGGUGGGAGUGGGACUGGGCUGUUUGCUGCAGAUGACAAGCAGCCAGCUGGCAGUAAAGCUGGAGCUGGAUGGUCUUCUGGUCUGGAUUCUGGCUGGAGCACUGGGGCUGAGUCUGGUCUUUUCCUUCAUAUCAGUGCCAGCUCAGUGCUUCCAGCUGGGCCGAGGGUACGGGGUCUGCCUCCUCCUCUACUACCUGGCCUUCCUCACGGUAGCGUUGCUGACGGAGUUCAAGGUGAUCCAGCUCCCCGCCCCCUGACGGCAUCGCCGCCGGACGCCAUCUUGUCUCUUAGCACCUCUGGCGAGAAUGGUGGGAGCGGGGUGACGCGCCUGCAGGGCUUGGACCAACCUGCUGAUAGCAAAGGGGCAAGAGGCGACAGUGGGAUGGCCAGAUGCAGGAGAGCAACUGGCAUGAGACUUUCCACAUUCGCUGGCUGGGCCAGUUCUAUUCCCAGUGAAUCACUGAAGGACACGCCACCAGGAGGGGAGGGAGACGGAGCUCCCUUCCUGGUGAGCACAGCUCUGGACACGUAUCCAUUUCUCUACGCUGAAGGCAUUAUGACAAUUGGAACUUCCCACCUGGAGGGCGCGUGCUUUCGAUCCUGUACACUAAGGUUCCCAUGACCCUGCCGCCCCAGGAAAGGAAACUGGAGCGGCAGGAGGUGAGGCUACAUUGCUGCUCGGUUUAGACAUCCUCUGGCCCAGGGGCUACCCAGCCAAAUGAGAGGUCAACCCAGGGCUGCUGGGACUUCGUCACUGGGACUCCACUGCCAGUAUUAACUUCCAAUUGAUUAUUUUAAGGAAAGGGAUCAUUUAGAUUUAGAACCGGGACUGUUUUGUUAAUUAAAGAAAGAUUGGUUUUCAGAGGAAGGCUUUGCAUUACAUUUUAAAUGGGGAUCAGUUUAAAUCCCUGCUGCCGUAAGUGGCAUUUUGCAGCUGCACAGAAAGGGGGGUUAUGGGCAGGUUUUUUAGCCUUCCCCCUAUAAGACAAGCGAUCAUUAUUCAUGGCACAAUAAAGCAAUUCUGUGAAAUGACCGUUUCAGUGCAACUUGGAAAGACUUGUCAGUGCUCCAGUGGCCUCGCUACGUACCCUCUUAGUCUCUGGAAACCGAGGUUAGGCUCACAUGCUUUAUGGAAGGGUUACAAAAUAAAACGUUCAGUGGUUUCUGCCUAGUGA